AUAGUUUGAAAACGGACUCCAACACAAAUAAUUAUGAAGUACUUCAUUGCUAUUGCUCUGAUCGCCGCCGUGGCGUCGGCGGGCGUCAUCAAGCCUACCGGUGUCGCUGAGAGCCAGCAGAUCCAGGAGAUCCUCGCGGCCAUCAACAGCCCCAGCACCGACCCCGCAACCGCCGCCCUGCUCGAACAGAUGCUGCUCGAAGCCCUCGGCGUUCAGCCCAUUCAAGUCGGACCCGCUAUCGUUGACCAAAUCGGUGUCAGCCCCAUCGUUGUUGAUCAACUUCCAGAGAUCAACCCCUCUCCCGCGAUCAUCGACCCCAGCCCAGCCAUUGUUGACCCUAGCCCCGCCAUUGUUGAUCCUAGCCCCGCCAUCGUCGACCCCACCCCCGCUGUCGUUGUCCCCGUUGCUGCUGAGAGCUCUCCCCUUGUCCAGAUCAUCGUGAACGUGAACGCCGCCAACGCCGGCGGCAACCCCGCCGGAGUCAUCUCCCCCGAGGCCGUCGUUGAGCCCGAGGCCGUCGCUGAGCCCGAGAUCGCUCCUGAGCCCGUCUCCGUCGUGGAGCAGCCCAUCCUCAUCCCCACCCCCGUGGUGCUCCCCCAGCCCGUGGCGCCCGUCGUCGUCCCUGAGCCCGUGAUCGUUGUCGAGGAGCCUUCUCUGCCCGAGCCGGUGAUCGUUGUUGAGCCCUCUCUGCCCGUGGCUCCCACCCCCAUCGGCGUCGGCGAGCCCGUCCUCCCCAUCGGCGUGCAGCCCGUCGUCCUCCCUGAGACCCUCAACUAAAUGAAGUAUUAAUGUCGGACAAUUAAUUUAGAAGAAGGAUAAUUAAUGAAUUAUGUAAAUAAUUUGGUUAAUUGGACUUAAUUCGGAAUCGAGAGAUCUACGGACUUUCUACCAACAUCUUGAAACGUAGCGUCCUAACAAAAUAAUAAAGAUCUAAUCCCUA